GGCACCCCAUGUUUUCCGUCUCAGUAAGUCUCAUUUAGUCUCAGUUAGRCUGUCUCACUUACUCUCAGUUGACGUAAGAUGCGUAACGGUGAACGUGCUCAGAGCAUCAGACGUAUCUGCGUAAUCUGAAGGAAAAAUACAGCUCCGUUUUCUCUGGUAACGUAUUUACUAUCUUUUUAGUUUCAAUUUUGUAAUAGUUUUUAUUAAAAUACGGAAAAAGUUGACGUGACACGGUAAAUGAAAUCAGUGGACGGUGGGAACCCGUUUAGAAGCAUUUAACAUUAUUUUGAUCGAAAUCUGUUGCGCUAUAAAGCAAUCAAACUAGACACAAAUUAUUUUAUUAAUUAAAUUAACCAUUCGGAUCAUAUUACCAAGAACUUGCUUCUGUUUUUGUGGUUUUACCUGUGGUUUAACCGUAGUUAGUCCGUUAAUUACGUUACCUCCCUAAAACUUAACAAAGUCCUUCAAUGGUGAAGUGAUAAUGUCGCCCAGGUCAUUGUUUGUGAAAAUCAAAAAAUACAUAAUGAGAUGUCAAGUGACAAAUCAAUAGUUAUGCACUGAUUUUCUCAUAUUAAGUGUUUACAGCACAGAUACUGUGCUGUAAACAGCCUCAUGUAAACAGCUGUAUGUUAAAUGUAAUGCAUUCYGAUUAAAGAUACAUACACAGCAAUGUUGUUAUGUUCUUUGUUUAUUAAUGAGUUCUAUUCAUCAGUUAUGAAUCCAUAAUAACAGAUGAGAUUUUCAUUCUGGACUUUAUUGCAUUUUUCAGUGAACAUGUACAAGCCCCAUUUCAAUUUUUUGCCUGGGACCACCCAGCUGCGGCUUCAGGCCUCCAGCGAAGCUGCAGCUGCCGCCCAGCAAGCGAGGGAAGGAGGCAGCAGGGAGAAGCUGGGCAUCGGGACGCCCCAGAAGGUGGAAGCCGCAGCUCGGGGUCGGGUCAGGGCCCUCGGAGGGGAUCCCACAGACCGACGCUGCGUUCUCAGCCAAAUGGAGGUGCAGUUCGGGCUGUAUAGGGGGAAGACCUUCUGGUGGCUGCUGACCCAUGACCCUCGCUACACAGUGGGGGUCCUGGCAAGCCACGAGGCAGAGCGAGAGGGAGGAGAC